AUGCCAGCAACUACGGUUACGAUGGAUGAGCUUCACAAUAGCAUGGAACGCUUCUGGGAGAUUGAAGAGGACAAUUCCACGCCCAACUAUUCUCCGGAUGAGACGAAAUGCGAGGAGCACUUUUUGAAAUGGACAUACCGAGACGAAACGGCUCGAUAUAUGGUUCGACUCCCCCGUACUGAUUCAGCGAUUAAAUUGUGCGAUAACGAGAAGACUGCUUUGCAUCGUUUCUAUCUUUUAGAAAAACGCCUGGCGCGUGACCCCAAAUUGGAUAAUCGCUACAAAGAAUUCAUGAAGGAGUAUAUCCAUUUAGGUCAUAUGACACCCAUUUCGGAGAGACAGAAAGGGACGAGUGGAUAUUAUUUGCCACACCAUCCAGUCGUUUGGGAGGACAGUGCGACGACCAAGGUGAGGGUCGUCUUUGAUGCGUCGUGUAAAAGCCAAAGCGGAAUCUCGUUGAAUGACACUCUUUUAGUCGGUCCAGUUAUCCAAGAAGACUUGCGUUCGAUUAUCGUAAGAUCGCGCAUGUACCCUAUUGUUCUCAUCGGCGAUAUUGAAACAAUGUAUCGUCAGGUACUGCUACAUCCACAAGAUCGACAUUUGCAAAGGAUUUUCUGGCGGUCGUCACCUGCUCAUCCUAUUCAGUCUUUUGAGCUCAACACAGUUACAUAUGGUACUGCCACCGCACCCUUUCUGGCAACUCGUACUCUUAGGCAGCUGGCUAUUGAUGAAGAGCAGCGGUACCCAUUGGCCGCAAAGGUGGCUUGUUUUGAUUUUUACAUGGAUGAUCUAUACUCUGGUGCAAACACGAUUGAGGAAGCACAGGAGUUGCGGCGCCAAAUGGAGGGAGGAUUUCCUUUAAGAAAAUGGGCGUCAAACAAGGUUGAAGUGUUGGAUGGUGUUCCUGAAGAAAACCGGGCGCUUCAGUCGACUAUUGACUUCGAUCGAAAUCAGUCAAUAAAAACUCUCGGAUUACAUUGGGAACCAGGAUCAGAUUGCCUGAAAUACGAUAUACAUGUUCCAUCCCUCGACGGCUGCGUUUUGACCAAGCGAUUGACUCUUUCUCUUAUCUCACGUCUCUUCGAUCCGCUUGGUCUCUUGGGACCAGUUGUAAUAAUCGCAAAAAUGUACAUGCAACCGUUAUGGUCGAUUAAGGAUAGCGACGGGAACUCUUGGCCGUGGGAUAAGGAAUUACCAUCUUCGUUGAAAAAUCAGUGGCAGGCUUAUCAUCAGCAGCUUCCACAUCUCAAUACUCUUCGAAUUGAACGUUUUGUAGGAUUGGAAAGGCAGAAACAUGUUGCUUUGCACUUUUUCUCUGAUGCUUCAGAAGGGGCGUAUGGAAGUUGCGUCUACGUACGAUCGAUUGACGAAUCCCGCGGCUCGAACUAUGCGCUGCUCUUUUGUCUGCAGAGUUAUACGAAAAGGUUGCUAGUUCAAUUAAGGUAUCGGCUCCAGCAACAUUUUGGACUGAUUCCACCACCGUGA